GUUAUGGUCCUGAUUAUUUAAACGCAUAAUCACUCUUCCAGCCCUGCCCUGGUAUCCACGAAAGUACAGUGAAAGAAGAAGGUGAGGAGAAGAGAGAUAGCAAGGAUGAUGUUAGCUGAGUCCCCGGAAACUGGCGGCAGCAGGAAGAAGUCUUUGUCCCUGCUGGAGGCAGCCAGAUCCCGGUAUGAGAGCCUGCAGAUAUCUGACGAUCUAUUUGGCGAGUCAGGAGACGACAGUAGUGGCAACCCCUUCUACAGUACAUCUCCUGACUCCCGGUCUUCAGCUACUGGUGGCUCCUCUGAUGUGGACUACGAAGAUGGGAGAUGUAAGAAAGAGACGACAACUCAUGACGAGGUCUCAGGCCAGAGAGAGACGGCGGAGGUGUGUGAGCAGGAGACCGGCUUUGCCUCCAGGCCGAGGUCAGGGGAUUUAAAAGAAGGCAGGCACGGUACAUCGCAAGGCAGAAGCCGUGGGAGAAGGAAGGAUACAAAUGAUGAGAAUAUGAUGGCAAGGGAAACGCCUGAAGGUACCAUCCCAGGUGAAGGGAAAAGAGAAAAUCCGUGUCAAGGGCUAUGCAAGGGUGGACAGCACGGGCCCAGUGAUAACCCAAAAGAGGAGGACGGCUGGACCCACACCCUUCAAGAUGUGCCCACCCCCAGCUUCAAGGAGAUCACUGGACCCACACGAAAAAUGCCAACAAAUUCCAGCGUAUUGGACUUUUUUCAGCAAUUUGUUCCUGACAACGUAAUAAAAAACAUGGUGACGCAAACCAAUAUGUAUGCCAAAAAAUACCAGGAACGGUUUGGGAUUGAUGAUAGCUGGGUAGAUGUAUCUCUUGCGGAAAUGAAAUCGUUCCUGGGCUACAUGAUAUCAACCAGCAAUCAACAUUGUGAGUCUGUUCUCAGCAUAUGGAGUGGUGGUUUUUACAGUAACAAAACUAUAUCACUUAUAAUGACACAAUCAAGAUUUGAGAAAAUCCUCAAGUACUUCCACAUUGUGGCCUUUCGCUCCAGUCAGACAACUCAUGGCCUCUACAAGAUUAAACCCUUUCUUGACUCUCUUCAGAGUGGUUUUGACUCAUCUUUCCGGCCUUCACAAACCCAGGUGCUGCAUGAACCGUUAAUUGAUGAAGAUCCGGUCUUCAUUGCUACCUGCACAGAACGGGAGCUCCGUAAAAGGAAAAAAAGAAAAUUCAGUCUGUGGGUAAGACAGUGUUCUUCUACAGGAUUCAUUUGUCAGAUUUACGUCCAUUUAAAAGAAGGAAGUGGCACAGAUGGCCUUGAUACAUUGAAGAAUAAACCUCAACUACACAGCAUGGUCGCCAAAAGCUUAUGCCAGAACAUGUCUGGAAAAAACUACAUUAUUUUCACUGGACCCAGCAUCACUAGCCUGAAUCUAUUUGAAGAGUUUGAAAAGCAAGAUAUUUAUUGUUGCGGAUUGUUGAGUUCUCGUAAAAGUGAUUGCACCGGCCUACCCCAGUCAAUGUUGAGUAAUACAGAAGUUCCACAAUCUCGGGGACAUUAUGGAAUAAGAAUGAAAGGCAAUAUGUCUCUAAUUUGCUGGUACAAUAGGGGACACUUUAGAUUUCUGACUAACGCCUACUCUCCUGUUCAACAAGGAGUUAUCAUUAAAAGAAAGAGUGGUGAAAUUCCUUGUCCUUUGGCAGUAGAAGCAUUUGCUGCCCACCUCAGUUAUAUCUGUAAAUAUGAUGAUAAAUACAGCAAGUAUUUUAUUUCUCACAAACCAAACAAAACGUGGCAGCAAGUGUUCUGGUUUACCAUCAGCAUUGCUAUUAACAACGCUUACAUCCUCUACAAAAUGUCUGAUACUUAUCAUGUAAAAAAAUAUAGCCGGGCUCAGUUUGGAGAUAGACUUGUACGAGAAUUACUUGGACUGGAGGACACGUCACCUUGCUAUUGAUUCCAAACUUGUCUUCCAUCUCACAACGGGUGCAGAGAAGAAUAUGAGACUACAUUCUAGAUUAUCAUUCAGGGAUCUUGAAAUCAUUUACAGAAUUAUAUGUUUUAAGACCAGUAAGUUAAAAGGAUGUGUCUGAGGCAUGGAAAGGAAAGCACUUGCUACUAUAAUUCUCUAAACAAUACUUAAAAUGACAUAGAGAUAUACAAAUUCAUCAAUCUUUUUUUCUUCUUCACAAAAAUAAAACAUCUGCUGUUUUCAUAGUCUUCACAUAUUGGUGAAUAUGAUGGUGAUAAUGCAAAAUUGUACUGUGGCACACACAAUUACCCAUAAUGCUUAAUGGUUUACUACUUUACUGUCAAGUUUCACAUUAUUCGUUUAAGUUUCAAUUUUCUAUUUCUUUGCAAAAUCAGGAAGAGGUUUUUUUUUUUUAAUGACGCAUCUGCUUUGAAUUAUACAAAUUUUAAAAAAACUUAGGCCUAGAUUUAGAGUUCGGCGGUAGCCGUCAAAACCAGCGUUAGAGGCUCCUAACGCUGGUUUUAGGCUACCGCCGGUAUUUGGAGUCAGUGAUUAAAGGGUCUAACGCUCACUUUACAGCCGCGACUUUUCCAUACCGCAGAUCCCCCUACGCCAUUUGCGUAGCCUAUCUUUUCAAUGGGAUCUUUCUAACGCUGGUAUUUAGAGUCGUUUCUGCAGUGAGCGUUAGAGCUCUAACGACAAAAUUCCAGCCGCCUGAAAAUAGCAGGAGUUAAGAGCUUUCUGGCUAACGCCGGUUUAUAAAUCUCUUAACUACUGUACCCUAAAGUACACUAACACCCAUAAACUACCUAUGUACCCCUAAACCGAGCUCCCCCCACAUUGCCGCCACUCGAUUAAAAAUUUUAACCCCUAAUCUGCCGACCGCCACCUACGUUAUACUUAUGUACCCCUAAUCUGCUGCCCCUAACCCCGCCGACCCCUAUAUUACAUUUAUUAACCCCUAAUCUGCCCCCCACAACAUCGCCGCCAGCUACUUAAAAUAAUUAACCCCUAAUCUUCCGACCGCAAAGCGCCGCCACCUACGUUAUCCCUAUGUACCCCUA